GAACGCAUCGCCAUUGCGCGCCAUUUUGCUAUUCGGGUGUUCGUAGUUUGUGUGUGAUCGUGUGGAAGCUAGUUUCCAAACUAAUAGCAGAUAUCUUGGUGAUUGCUGAUAUACAUUUCGCUCGUUGCGGAAUAAAUUCGAGUUCAAAGACAGACAUAAAGUUAUUCUGAAAAUUUAACUAAAAGGGUCGAAAAUGCGGGCAUAAAAUUUCUCAUCAGCAGUAUUUUGUCCAUCUUUUGUUCUUUUCUAUAAUUAUCAGACAUAUUGUUUAUAACGUAAGAACAUUGGUUCCAAGAUGUCGACAAAACAUGAUGCGUUACGUUCAUGUUUCGGAAACUCGAUCGCGGCGAAAGCAUCUGUCAUUUUAUUGAGAACAAAGUUUUAUUAGAAUCAUGUCGAGCGGUAGUGCAGAUCAUGACGACGAAGGAUACGUUGUUAAAAUGCGUGGCUUACCCUGGUCCACUACCGUGGACGAGAUUAUGAAGUUCUUUGGUGAUUGUUCAAUAUCUAAUGGCAAAAAUGGUGUUCACAUGACUAUGUCCCGGGAAGGACGUCCCAGUGGCGAAGCUUAUGUGGAAAUGGAUACACCAGAGGAUAUUGAGAAGGCUUGCAAAAGAGACAGAGAUCACAUGGGUCAUCGUUAUAUUGAAGUUUUUAAAGCAAAACGCGGAGAGAUGGAAUGGGUUGUGAAGAGGAGCGGUCUUAAUUUGGAAAAUGCGAUGGACGACGGUUGCGUGAGAUUACGCGGUCUGCCAUUUGGCUGCUCAAAAGAGGAAAUUGCACAAUUCUUUUCAGGGUUGGAGAUAUUGCCGAACGGGAUAUCGCUACCGACAGACUACACGGGCCGCAGUACUGGGGAGGCUUACGUUCAAUUUGUUAACAAAGAUGUUGCGGAGCGCGCUCUGCAGAAACACAAGGAAAAGAUAGGACACAGAUAUAUCGAGAUCUUCCGAAGCAGCUUGUCUGAGGUACGCGCCAGCAUUGGGCCUAAAAUGCGCGGCGGUCCCAUGGGCGGCUUUAAUCAGAGACCCGCGCCGUACACUCGUGGCGAUCGCUUUGGCGGGAUGAAUCGCUUCAGCAACAAUGGCAGAGGAUCGAGAAACAGAGGUGAUUCCUUUCGUCAUGUAUCGAAGUUUGGAGACUAUCUUGCAAGAGCAAACCGUAAUAAAGAAUUAUUAUACAAUUCACGUUCUAAUUUGUUACACUUCGACAACGGCCCGUGGGGAAGUGGAAAUAAUUAUGGAUCUCGUGGCGGCAAUAUGGGAAUGCGCGGUGGCAUGGACAUGAAAGGUGGCAAUUACAGAGGGAACAAUGACUCCUGGGGCGGUAAUUCCGGCGUUCACAGUAUCCAUAUGCGAGGAUUGCCGUUCAAGGCAACGGAACAAGACAUAGCUGAUUUCUUUAGACCAAUCGAACCAGUGAAUGUCCGCAUUAUCCUUGAGAAUGGCGGUCGUCCAUCGGGAGAAGCUGACGUGGAAUUCGCAACUCAUGAGGAAGCCGUAAAAGCAAUGUGCAAGGACAAAAGCCACAUGUCACACAGAUACAUUGAGCUGUUUUUAAAUUCGACUGGCGGAUCGAGUAAUAUGUCAUUAAGUGGCAUCGGCAAUUUCUGCGGAGGUUUAGGUAACAACUUCAGGCCAGGAUACUCGCCAAACAACAGAGGCUUCAACUCGCAAUUGGGUGGCAACAAUUACAAUAGUUUUUGAGAUCAGGCGAUGCGUUUCUAACGCUAAACGAUAAUUAUAAACAUUCAAAGAAUCAAAGUGAUUGGUGAUACUACACAUCUUCUAUAUCACAUUGAUGCAAUAUGAUUAGUCUUUUUUUUCUUUUUUUCGAUAGUUUUCAAUUAUACAUAUUAGAUAUUAAUCGUAAGCCAAAUCGAUAGCGCGUAAGUAUUUGCUUAUUUUCUUUUUUUCUCUCUUUCGAUGAUACAUAAAAUAUUUAAUUCAUAUAAAGUAUAUAAUUUAAACAGAAGGAGAACGUAAGGGCGGAAAAAUGACAAGUUUCGCCUUAUUCUCGAAAAUCUAAAAUUUUUUUUCUUUUUUUUUGUUUGCGCGAUGCCAAUAGACAAUCGUACGUCGUCGAAACAAAAUACUAAAGAGAAUUGAGGGUGACUUACUUUUAUUUUGGCAAUAUUAGAUUAAACACAAGAAAAGUAUUUCUUACUUUUCAUGACGAUGCACACGAUAUCUGCUCUAAUGUAAUGUCGAAUAGUUAGAAUGAUAACUUUAUAAUAAUACGUAGACAUGUUACAGUGUUUGUAACGGCUUUGGCGCGAAGUUAGAUGUGAUCUUUGUCAGUAAUAUGCGUCGAAACAUAGCGACGAGCUUUGAAGCGCAAGAUACACAAUUGUAAUAUACACGACUGACUAAUAGUUCGCGAUUGCACUUUAAAAAAUUUACAAUAUUGCAGGAUGCAAAAUCAGGAAAUUCACUCACACUCAUCUUUAUCAUAACGCGAUGUAUUAUAUAUGACUUAUUGUAGCCUUGUGGAAUAAGAAUUCUAUAGUUUUUAUUGCUAUAUUUAGGUAUCAUUGACUUGUAAGGAUGCCUGCUGGCAAGUGUCGAUGUGUUGUGUACAUCUUAAAGUAUAAGCUAGCUUUGGUUUAUAUUCUCCAAGAUUUGAAUAAAAAAAAGAGUGAAAUGACAAGAUAAAAUAU